CAUUUUGUCUAUAUAAGCCUUUAAGUUGAGUAGAUUUCAAUGCACUAUUUAGUGAAGCAAGGCUCUGAACUGGAGAUAUCAUUUCAUAUCUCUGGUUAAAUAAAUAUGGGGUUUUAUUGUAGAUUUUCAUGCAGAUUGUUAGUGAGUUUAGUGUGUUUUUGGUUGUUUGUUACAAGUUAUAGUGGCAUUGAAGCAGCUGAGGAGAUCAAGGUGGAGAGAACAGCCGAUGAUCAACUCAAUGGUUUCGUUCUCGAUAACUUGCAGGAGAUUCGGAUGAAACUUGUCGCGAAUGGCAUCGGCUUGACGCCGCAAAUGGGAUGGAAUAGCUGGAACCACUUUCAGUGCAACAUUAAUGAGCAGAUGAUCCGAGAAACAGCUGAUGCAAUGGUAUCAACCGGACUUGCUGCAGCAGGGUACAAGUAUGUGAAUCUGGAUGAUUGCUGGGCCGAGCUCAAUAGAGAUUCCCAGGGUAAUAUGGUGCCUAAACGGUCAACAUUUCCUUCUGGAAUCAAAGCACUUGCAGAUUAUGUUCAUAGCAAAGGCCUAAAACUGGGAAUUUACUCUGACGCUGGAGUCCGAACAUGCAGUAAUCUUAUGCCAGGAUCAUUAGGACAUGAAGAACAGGAUGCCAAGACUUUUGCUUCUUGGGGAAUUGAUUACUUGAAGUAUGAUAAUUGCUUCAACAACAAUGUAACAGCUCGACAAAGGUAUCCGAUUAUGUCCAAAGCCUUGCAAAACUGUGGACGACCCAUUUUCUUUUCCCUAUGUGAAUGGGGACAAGAAGAUGUAGCUACUUGGGCACCUGGUAUUGCAAAUAGUUGGAGAACAACGGGAGAUAUAGUUGAUAACUGGAAUAGUAUGAGUUCUUUAGCUGAUCAAAACAACCAAUGGGCAUCAUAUGCUGGUCCUGGCGGAUGGAAUGAUCCUGACAUGUUAGAGGUCGGAAAUGGUGGAAUGUCAGUAGAGGAAUAUCGAUCACAUUUUAGCAUAUGGGCAAUAGCUAAGGCACCUCUGCUAAUUGGUUGCGACAUUCGUGCAAUGAACAAUGCAACCCAUGCAAUACUUAGCAACAAAGAGGUUAUUGCAGUUAAUCAGGACAAACUUGGGAUUCAAGGGAAAAAGAUUAAAUCAAAUGCAAAUUUGGAGAUCUGGGCUGGCAAAUUAUCUAAAAACAGAAUUGCGGUGGUACUCUGGAACAGAGGAGCUUCAACAGCUUGGAUAACUGCUUACUGGCCUGAACUAGGCCUUGCUCCAUAUACCGAAGUUAAUGCACGUGACUUAUGGCGGCACCAGACCUACAAAGUGAAGGGUAAAAUAUACCGGAAGGUGAAACCUCAUGAUUGUAAGAUGUAUGUACUUUCGCCAGUAUGAGGAUCGGAAGUUUUCUAAGGAGUGCAUUGAAGAUGUGAUCUACUGGCGAAAAAAGCAUCAAAAAGAAAGUUUUGAACUAUAAAAUUGGCUGAAUUGUAACUGAUUGCUUGAACUAAACUGUUUAUUCAAGUUGUAAGUUAUGUCUUCAAUGGAAAGAACUUAAUAUCUGCA